CGGGGAAGAUCGAGUUUGACCGCCGCGACUGGCCGGGCAAAGCGUCCGCCCCAGUGGGCGGAGACAAGGCAGGGCCAGCACGUGUAAAAAGUUCGGCGCGGGUCGCGCAGAGCCACUCACUCACCUGAGCGCUUGGCCGCCGCGCGGAUUACCUGGAUCUGCGCCCUCGCCCCAUGUCCCGCCGCAAGGCUGGCCGCGUGCCUCGCCGCUUAGACCCGGAGCCCGACGCCGACUUGGAGAUGCCCGACCUUGUCAUGGAUGUAAAGCCGGACCGCAACCUAGGGUCCUUGGCGAAAGGAGCCUGGUCCGCAAGAGACUUGUCGGGGCUCUUCGGUGUGGAGAGUCGCCUCCAAACCGCCGCGCACCCACUCAGCGCGCCCAGCACGUGUGGCCCGCGGACGCCUCUGAGCUCUACGUCUUCCGACCGCCAGCCCUGGACUGACAAACACCCAGAUCUGUUGACCUGCGGCCGCUGCGGGGAGAUCUUUCCAUUAGGGGCCAUCAUCGCUUUCAUGGAUCACAAAAAACAAGGCUGUCAGCUUCUCCAAGUCUCCGGUCCCAUCUCAGAAUCCAAAGAGCUGAAGGCUCUGAGCUGCCUCCAGUGUGGCAGACAGUACGCCAGUGCUUGGAAGUUGCUGUUCCAUGCCCAGUGGGACCACGGGUUGUGCAUCUACCAAACACAACAGUUGGACACCCCGGAGGCUCCGCUGCUGGGCCUGGCUGAGGUGGCUGCAGCCAUGUCAGCCGUGGCCGUGGUGGGGCCGGUUGUGGGCACGCCCCCUCCCCCUUCCGGGAGCAGCGCUGUCCGCAGGAGCCCCACCUGCUCUGUGUGUAAGAAGACCCUCAGCUCUUUCAGCAACCUCAAGGUCCACAUGCGCUCCCACACUGGGGAGCGGCCCUAUUCCUGUGACCAGUGCUCCUACGCCUGCGCUCAGAGCAGCAAGCUCAACAGACACAAGAAGACCCACCGGCAGCCAGCACCGUCGAGCCCCUCUUCUGCCAGUAGCCAGGGGAUCUCCCCAGCAGCCCCUCCAGAACCUGCUGCCUACGCGGCCGCUCCAGCCAGCACGCUACCAUGCCAGAAUGUGGAGAAGGCUGGAGCUGCGGCCACAGCAGGGGUCCAGGAGCCUGGGGCCCCCAGCUCCGGGGCUCAAGGGGGUCCUGGUUUUGUUGGCUGGGGAGGCACCGCCAAAGUAGAGAGGACUGAUUCUGUAAAAGUGGAGAAGCCCACACCCAGGAAGAGCCACUCGCCCGGGGGCAAGUGUGAGUUCUGUGGGAAGUCCUUCACCAACAGCAGCAAUCUGACCGUGCACCGCCGCUCGCACACUGGCGAGCGGCCCUACACUUGUGACCAGUGUCCCUACGCUUGUGCCCAGAGCAGCAAGCUCAACCGCCACCGCCGCACCCAUGGUCUGGGGCCUGGUGAAACUGUCUAUAAGUGCCCACACUGCCUCGUGCCCUUUGGCCUGCAGGCCACGCUGGACAAGCACCUGCGGCAGAAGCACCCAGACCUGGAGAUGGCUUGAGAUAUGUUCUGUACGGUGUCGCCCCAUCAAGUGGAAAUGAGCAGGCAUUCACUUAGCCUUUCCUCUGUGUGAAUAAACCAUCUCCCUUUUA